CGUGUUGUGAAUGGGAAUAAUUUAAUUGCCCAGGUAAUUAGCACACAGAAAGAAUAUUUCGGUGUAAACUCACUUACGGCCUUGCUACGACCGCUUCUGCCAAUCAACUCCUUGGUUCAAGCACGACCGAAUAUAUGGAUCUUGACGAGAAUCCUUCUACGGGAGAGCUCCAUCAAGAUCGGGACAAUGCCAACACAGGUGUACAAAGUCCUCCAUGGAUCAGUAAAUUCGGAUAUGUUCGUCCUAUAAAUCCAACAGGCCGCACUGCGACCAUCAUCCUCCAACCCCAAGCAAACACCCAGUCUGCCGCGGCUGAACGUAGAGAACCAGACCAUUCGAUAACCAAACUGUUCAAAGAUGCUGCACCGUGUGUUCUCGAGGGUUAUUCAGUUCCGAGGUUACUCUUCCCUUCGAGCGAUUAUCUUUCCAAGGUUUCGGCAGAAAUUCAUUUCGAACAAAAAGACCAACGUACGAUCAAUGAUUUUAUAGAAUCAUUGAUUACCAUCCCCAAUCAAGGCAAUACCGGAAUCACAGCUGCAGCCGUACUUCAGAAAAUCCAACGCCUCCAAGCGUCGAGUUUGAAGUUAUAUGUGCAAAAACCCAGUCAGAUUAUGUGCGACUUCACCAGUAUUGGACUCGAGAAUCCACACACUUUGUAUCAAGAUAUGAAGAACCACUUGAUUAACCCUGAGACCUACCAGGUCUCAGUUGCUCAAAUUCUUAUUUACGAGGGGGUUAUUGCACCUUCCAUGUGUGUUGCAAAGGAAACUACUAUCCCAUGCGUGUCACUCGCGACUGCCGGGUAUUGUUCCAAUACCCCAACACUUCAAGAGGCUGAAUGCCGGCUCAAACAAUUCAUCAGCACAAUCGCCUCUGUUGCCGAAGUCGACUCGAUGAAGAAAUCUCAAAGGACCGAGCUCCGGCGAUUGGUUUGGUUUCUUCGAUUCAAAUUGUUCAUGAUCCAAUACCGAAACGAAGCAUUCCGUCCAGACUCUGAAGCUGCCACUCGAUCAUUUGAGAAUACAUAUGAACUCAUCAAAUGCGAUGCACCGGCAUUGAAAGAUAGUAUCAUCCCCAAAGAAUGUAUUCAGUCGGCCAAAUUGAUCAUCCAGUUGAUGCAAUGUGAAAAAUCCGCAAUGUGGUUCGACACAACGUCAUAUUCGCCCCUUAGCGACAAAUCCAAGUAUCGCAAGUACAUCGAUCAUACCGUUGGUAAAAUUAUCCAACUACAUAAGGCAUCCAAAUUUCCACUCGCUACGUUUUUGGAUAUGGCCAGUCCUUUCGGAUGGAAUUGUCCAGAGGCACAGUACGUCUUUGGACUAUGGAUGGAAUCUAUUUUUCAUUUCCGAGCCGCUGGAUACUUCUUCAGCCAUGGAUAUGCCGCCGAUGGGGAACGUGGCGUUUAUGGGAUCAGGGACGUUGGUUGGAUUUGUCAUUUGAUUCAACGAAGGAAGGCCCUUGCCCGCACCUACGGAUUCAAGAUGUCCGUAGAAUCUAGCAAAGCCCGAUUCAACGAAACACAUCAGUUUGUUUCCGAGGAAACUCGACAAAUUAUCAAAUGCCUCCGAGCUGCUCAAGCCGUCGGAAAUUCUUUGACAAUUCUGAGUGAAGCCAGGGAAACUCAGCUUAAAGAGAUAGAAGUCGAAAAGCGCCCACCACGUGAGAUACACGACUCUAGCUACGACAUAAUCUAUGCAUCACUCGACCCCUCAGUAUUGGAGAGCUUGAUCAAGUGUACGGAAUUUAUUCCCAAGAUUAUCGUCAAAGAGCGCCUUGCAAAAAUCGAAAAAAUGAAAGUCAGGCUUCAGAUGGAAAUUGAAAAUUUUAUUGAAAAUUUUGAAGGACUUGCCAAUGCCCGGCGCUUAGGUUUCAAAAUUGCAGCGAAAUGCAAGCUCUUUUCUCGCAUUCAAACUUUGCAGGGGAAGAUAAACAGACGAGCCCGAAAGGAUAGCGCAGAAGUGGAUCGAAAGACAUUGACCUUGAAAAGGGUGCUUGAUGAUCAACGUAACCGAAUUGAAAGUGAAACCAAUAAAUAAGGGCAUACCCUUGAAUUUUGACCAUUGAACAGUUAUU